UCUGUGGUUUCGUCUUUUACCGGAAAGGUCCUUGUUUACAGCGCAGCUCUUGCUCCACGUUAGCAUCGGUGAUUUGACAAGAAGGAAACGGGAUUUAUUUAUUUUUUUACUUUUAAAGCAGUUCGCAAAACUCGUUGAAUCUGUGGUACACUUCGACUGGCAUGGUUGUUUGGAGGCGGAAAAGCUACUGACAAGGGCAGCAAUGACAAGCUUGCUAACGUAGUGCUAAGGCACUCGCACUGCCACGUAUCACGCCUGGCUUGCUUAGUUUAUAACCUGAGUGGCUGCUCAUAAAGAACGACCGCGGUCAUGGGUGCGGAGAGCAGCGCGGUGCGGAGCUGCACCCUGGAGGAGCCGCUCCUGACUCUGCCCACCGGACCCACCAUGUACUCGGCGGUGCUCCAGGAUGGAAAGCCCGCUUCUGUGUUUGUUCACAAACGUGGCAAUGAAGACAAAGUCAACAAAGCUGCCAAGCACCUGAAGACACUGCGACACCCACGUCUACUGCGCUUCCUGUCCUGCUCAGUGCAGAAUGGUGGCAUCCACCUGGUGACAGAGCCUGUGCAGCCCCUGCAGCUACUGCUAGACAGUCUCUCCCCAGAGGAAAUUUGUGCAGGCAUCUAUGACCUCCUGCAGGCACUUGUUUUUCUGCAUGAGAGGGGUAAGUCGAGCCACAACAACGUCUGUAUUUCAUCUGUAUUUGUCAGUGAUGAUGGUCAUUGGAAACUGGGAGGGAUGGAGACUGUCUGCAAGUUCUCUGAAGCAACUCCUGAGUUCCUCACAAGCAUCCAGAAUGCAAGAGAGGCCAGCUAUAUUCCUCCAGAAGAGCAGGUGGAGGGUUUUAAAAUCCUUCCUGAUAAACAUGCUCACUCUCGGGACUGUUACUCUUUUGGGAUGAUGGUGGAGUCUCUUAUUCCCCUCCUUAAUGGCUAUGUGUCACAGGAGCUUGCUGCCAGCCUGACAAAAACACUGCAGGCAGGCCUGCUGAACUCUGACCCCAUGUCGCGGCCGCCACUCAGUUCCUUGCUCACCAAUGACUUUUUCAGGAAUGACUUUCUGGAAGUGAUGAAUUUUCUGAACAGUCUCACCCUAAAGACAGAAGAAGAGAAGAAUGAAUUCUUUAAGUUUCUUCUAGACCGAGUCCAGAACCUCCCUGAAGAGUUGAUAGCUACACGCCUUGCUCCCAAACUCCUUAACUCUCUCGUUUUUGCAGAACCCAUGGCUGUAAAAAGCUUCCUGCCUCAUCUUUUAAGGCCAAAGAAAGAUAACAGUGGUGGUGGUAGCAGUGAAGAUUGCCUGCUGUCUAUGUCCCUUUACCGUAAGCAUGUGAUUCCUCAGCUUCUUCAACUCUACAAGGUCAAUGAGGAACAUGUCCGAAUCGUGCUGCUGACCCACAUCCACCUUUACGCUGAGUUUUUCUCCCACGAUGAACUCAAAAACCAGAUCCUACCUCAGGUUUUGUUAGGAAUGAGAGACACCAAUGAUUCUCUGGUUGCCAUGACGCUGCAGAGUCUGGCGGUGUUGGUGCCCUUGCUCGGGGCUCAGGUGGUUGUUGGUGGAGAGAGAACCAAGGUCUUUAAACGCACCACACCUAACUUUACCAAGUCUACAGAAGUGACCCCUGAAACCUCACCUGUCCAUAUAGUUGGAAGUUUCCACCCUCAGAUGGCCCAACCCUCCAAAGUGCUGAAUUUAUUCCCUAGACCAUCAGGGACUGAAGGCUUAGUCCUCGGUCACACGGGUAGCAAGACACCAAGGGUUAUCAAGCCAGUAUCGGAUGUUAGUAGAAAGAUGUCUCUGCCUUUGAAUGGCUUUCAUCAGGACAGUGAGAUGGACCAACUUUCUUCUAGCCCAGAGCAGACUGACAGACUAGAAGGCACUGUGGAAGACUGGCCUGACUGGAGUGACCCUGAUAGUGAGAAUAGAGAUGGGCAUUCGGUCCAGAUCCACAUACAGGCCUCAAAGGGCGUAGAUCCAGUCAGCAGCCUGGCAAUCACACAUCAGAACACAGAUGAGGAGCCGUGGGAUGACUUUGAGGACACUGAACCUACCUCGGAUCUCUCCCCCACAGCUCCUUUAUCAGACUCAGUCAUCCCUGCACCACCCAAAGGGGGCGCUGCUUCCCCAUCUUCGAAACAUGGUCCUGAACCACUGAGACUGGGUUCCUCCUCUAAACCCCUUAAGUUGAGCUCAACACUGCGGCAGUCAACAAAGACAGAGGCCACUUCCUUAUGGGACAAUAGCUGGGCUCAAGAGAAAAGGAACUCUCAGAAAUCACAGAACCGCUUAAACCCCCAGUCCAAACCUACAGUGCCACAAAAAAGUAGUUCAGUAGGUCUGGGGGAGGAGUUUACUAUAAGGGUGAAGACAAAGGUACAGCAAGACCCAGAGCUGGAUUUGUUUGCAGACAUGGUGCCGGACAUCAAGUUGUCAUCUCCAGCAGUGCUGUCACUACAAGAGACUGGCAAGCGUGAAGCAGAACUGUCCACAGCAUCUUCUGAUAACACUAAACCUCUGCAGGUCGAUUCAUCCAUCGAUACUUUAACAUUCACUGCCAAGUUUGCAGCAGUUGACCUGACUGAGACUGAACCAGAUGGCUGGGGAGAUGAAGAUGACCUGAACUGGGAGGAUAACGCCUGGUGAUUACGUUUGAUCCAUUACUUCCAUCUGCAGUAAAAGACUUGACCACUGGAAAACUGAAACCCAUGCACCACAUCUGGAGUGCCAACAGACCAGUAAACUGGAAGUAGUUUCUCAUUUAACAUGAUGCAGUAGGGAUGGUAAUGCCAGGGAUGGGCUAAGGCUUUUUAUGUUAUGUUGAUUUUGUCAUUUUUAAUAAUGAGAACUUUCUUUUAAACUGGAACGAUCAGCUCUUCAUCAGAUGGUGCUAGACUUGGACAAAAUAAGCCAUUUAUAAUUUGCCAAUCAGAGGUGAAUGUAAUCCUGUUUCAUCUGCUCUACUCUCAUUUUUUUUUUUCUU